AUGCGCUGGCUUUCAAGGAGGUACUGGCGGUAUCUGACCUACUUACUGGGGAUUGUGGUGCUAAAAUGCGUCAUUCAGAGCCUCUACUCUAGGCGACAAGGUACAACGCCUGAGUCCGUCAAUGGAGACGUCAAAGAAGAGGAUCUGGGGAGCCAGAUUGUGGUAAAUGUCGGCAAGAUUGACUGCUUCCAUGUUGGAAGACUUUGGAACCAUUGCUACGGCACGAGACAGGCGGCUGUGGUGAAUACAGCAUACACUACCAGAAAGAUAAUACGAAAAGAUCUGAAAAGCUCUCUGGGAUAUCGAUGGUUUGGAACAUCUGAGUUUCUGUUCUACGAUGUGCUGCCGUUAUCGUUUGUUUCCGAGCUGGAUGAAGAAGUUUUGAGAGAUUUCAAUAUAGUGACAUCUGUGGGUAACUCUGGUGGAACGAAGAUGGUUGACAACUUACACAUAUCGCUCGAGCCGUUAUCCUUGGCUGCGGUGAGUCAAGAUAAGCCCAUCCUGAGCGGCAUAAACGUCUUGUUUGGCGAAGACUGUCUGGAUCCUCGACCAGAUUGGCACCUCGACAAGUCCUGGAAAGUGGAAAACAAAAGAUUUCCGAGUUAUCUCACUUACAGAUACCUGAAGUUACCUGAAUCGGCAAACCAUGUGCGACGUCUGACAGUCAAGGAGGACGGUAAGUUCAAGAUAGUUCAGCUAGCAGACUUGCAUUUCGCGACUGGAAAGAGCCAAUGUAGAGAUGAAUAUCCAAAGCAUGCGGAAUGUGAUGCUGAUUCAAAGACAAUGCAUUUCAUUGAGAAAGUACUUGAUAUAGAGUCACCAGACAUGGUCGUUUACACAGGCGAUCAGAUCAUGGGCGACCAAUCGAUCCAGGAUUCCGAGACCAGCCUUAUGAAGGCUUUGGCACCAGUAAUUGAGCGGAAAAUUCCCUGGGCACUGAUAUGGGGAAACCACGAUGACGAAGGAAGUUUAACCAGAUGGGAAUUGUCGAAGCUCGCGAGAACUCUUCCAUAUUCGUUGUUUACCAUCGGCCCAAAAGAUACGGCCGAUAACUCAUUUGGAGUGGGAAAUUACUUCCACCAGGUAUUUGACUCCAACGGUAAGAAUGCGUUAAUCACACUAUACUUUUUGGACUCCCAUAAGUAUUCGACAAUGGGUAAAGUUUAUCCCGGAUAUGAUUGGAUAAAAGAGGCUCAAUGGGAUUAUUUGCGACAAUCCUACGACCAAAAGUUGAAACUUACUGCUUCCGAGGAUGAGAGUGCUCAUCUUUCUAUGGCAUUCUUUCACAUCCCGCUGCCUGAAUACUUGAACAUUGACUCACGAAGGUCACCUGGCACCAGAAACCCUUUCGUAGGCAGUCUUAAGGAAGGUGUGACUGCUCCGAAAUACAAUUCAGGAGGCAUCGAUACUCUUAAUUACUUGGGUGUCGAUAUCACGAGUUGUGGUCAUGACCAUUGUAACGAUUACUGUCUUUUAGAUGAUUCCACCUCCAAGAAAAUAUGGCUAUGCUUUGGAGGAGGUGCCGGCGAAGGUGGUUAUGCGGGAUAUGGUGGGACUGAACGUCGUAUUAGGACUUUCCAACUCGACACGAAAGAGGGCAAUAUUUACACGUGGAAGAGACUCAAUGGCUCUCCAUCCGAGACAUUUGAUCACCAGCUCGUGUUAAAACAUGGUGUUCCCAACGCUGAAUAA